GAUUUUACUUUGAUAGAACAGCAAACGUCCACCAUGAAAGCCUUGGUUCCUCCAUUGCCCAUCUAACAUUUCCUUGGCCCUCUUUCUCUUUUCUCAUCUAUUUUUCUCCUGAUAUUUUCAUUCCCCCCAACGCUAAGCAUCCUGAUCUAAAGGGUAACAAACAGAUAAAAAAAUGUCCCUUUGUUUCUCUUCCAAUAUGUUUACUCUCCAUUCACCCAAGUUUCAAAGCUAUAAAACUCGCUUCUCUUCUCAGUUCAUCAAUCAAAUCCAGGUACCAUCUCUUUCCUGUUAUUUAUCAUCUUCUCCUUUAAAUUUAUCACUACCCUUUAAGUUUAGUAAACAAAGGUUCAACCCCAUCACUGCUUCAAUUGCUACCGUUGAAGCAACCCAGUCUUCGUUUAGAAGCAAGAAUCCUAAAGAUAUUAACAUUUUGGUGGUGGGUUCUACUGGGUACAUUGGAAAUUUUGUAGUUAAAGAGUUGGUUAAUAGAGGGUUUAAUGUUAUAGCCAUUGCUAGAGAAAAGAGUGGGAUUAGAGGUAGAAACAGUAAAGAAGAGACCUUGAAUCAGUUGCAGGGAGCCAAUGUUUGCUUCUCUGACGUGACCAAUUUGGAUUCUUUAGAGAAAUCAGUGAACGAUUUAGGUGUUUCAAUAGAUGUUGUAGUCUCGUGCCUCGCUAGUCGCAGUGGUGGUGUUAAGGAUUCAUGGAAGAUUGAUUAUGAGGCAACAAAGUACAGUCUUAUUGCUGGAAAGAAUCAUGGAGCUCAGCAUUUUGUAUUACUCUCUGCAAUUUGUGUGCAAAAGCCCCUUCUUGAAUUUCAGCGAGCGAAGCUGAAAUUUGAGGCUGAAUUGAUGAAAGAAGCUGAAGAGGAUAAUGGAUUCACUUACAGCAUUGUGCGGCCAACUGCAUUCUUCAAGAGCUUAGGGGGCCAGGUCGAGUUGGUUAAAGAUGGGAAACCUUAUGUGAUGUUUGGGGAUGGAAAGUUGUGUGCUUGUAAACCGAUUAGUGAGGCAGAUUUGGCUUCGUUUAUUGCAGAUUGUGUUUUGAGUGAGGAUAAAGUUAAUCAGGUUUUGCCAAUUGGAGGGCCAGGAAAGGCAUUGACACCAUUGGAACAAGGGGAAAUGCUGUUUAGACUAUUGGGAAAGGAACCAAACUUCUUGAAAGUUCCGAUUGGGAUAAUGGAUUUCGCUAUUGGGAUUCUUGAUUUCCUUGUUAAGAUCUUUCCUUCAAUGGAAGACGCAGCCGAGUUUGGCAAAAUAGGAAGAUAUUAUGCAGCUGAGAGUAUGCUGAUAUUGGAUCCUGAGACUGGAGAGUAUAGUGCUGAGAAAACACCAAGUUAUGGGAAGGACACACUGGAAGAAUUCUUUGAAAGGGUGCUGAGGGAAGGGAUGGCUGGUCAAGAAUUAGGCGAACAAACAAUCUUCUAAUUGUUGCUGGCUGAUAGAUGUUUGUACAUUUGAAUGUGAAGUAGAGUCAAUCAAUCAGUUUUGUAACAAGGCCUGCUUGAAGGUAUGCAAUUUGCUAAUUUCUAAAUCUGCAUACUAUUAUGCAAAUUGCAAGCAAAACAAAAUUAUUUUGUGAAGAUAAAGAAAAUUAUAAAUUCAUGUCAUGUUGAAUGCUUGAGAACUGUUGAA